CAAUGUCCCUGAAUAGUUAUUAUGCUAAUGAUUAUACUUGCUAUAUGAGGAAUAUUUGAGAGCUACAUUUUUAUUUUAACCAACUAAUUAACAAAACACUUCAGGUGACAAUGCUUCCAAUAUUCUGAAACAGUUGCUACAUCAGUUAAAAAGUCUAGUUAAACAAGCAUGGUAUGGGUUUGUUGUUCCCCAAGAUGAAAUUGGGGAGGGGACUACGGAUCUGUCUCUGUCCGUCUGUUGGUAUGUUUGUUUGUACUUUAGUAAAACAAGAUAUCUCUGAGAGCACUGGGCUGAUUUUGACAAAACUUGGGUGAAUGAUUCAUCUUGCCAUAGAGAUCCAACAUUUACAAAAUUACACUGAUUGCUCCAAGGUGGGAGUUAUGGUAUUUAACUGCAAUUUGUUAGUAACACACAAUAAGUCAAUUGGCCCAGACUGUUGAGUGUAGUGCUUUACAUCAAGCUGUCUCUUAACCUUGAAUACACUGAUUGACACAUCUAGCAUUGAGUUCUGAAAUGUUCAAAGUAGGUGAUUGGUGCUAUCUCGGGCAAAUAACAGGCUUUGUUCAGUCACUUUACCAACUUUAUUAUCCAUAAUGUAUAGUGAAUGCAUAAACAGGCAUGUUACCAACAAACAAACAUUUAUCUGUCUCCAACAACUGCUCCUCUGUUGUCAGAGAUAGACCCUGCCGCAGCUGAACAGGAGGGGAGGGACUCUACUGUCUCACUUGCAGACAUAACUGUUCAUGAAUCCCAAAUAAUGAAGUUGAUGUAAUUCAUCACGUAUAUUUAUCUGUUGAAAUCAAAAUUUUUGUGCACAUUAGGUACAUCUCUAGUAGGGACAUGAUUGGCUGGAACGAUUUUUCAGAGUGAUUGCAGAGCGAGGGGCAGUGUAAUACGGUCUGUGUGUAGCUGGUGUAGGGGAGUAUUGCGCAGGACAGCAGAUAUGAGUAAAUUAAGGUACUUUACUCAAAAUAUACAAAUGCGAUACAAUAAAGAGAGCCCCCAUUAACGGACCUUACUCCAUACAAACAAUUACUCACAAACAGACUACUGGGAACGGAGGGUUAAAUAAAUGAACAAGUAAUUGGGGGAAUGAAACCCGCUGUUUAAUUUAACUAGGCAAGUCGGUUAAGAAAAAAAUCUUACUUUCAAUGUUCAGGGGCAGAAUGACAGAUUUGUACCUUGUCAGCUCGGGGAUUUGAACUUGCAACCUUUUGAUUACUAGUCCAACACUCUAACCACUAGGCUACCCUGCGAUUAACAGAUUGUGUGUUUGCCGAUGUGUAAGACAAAGACAAAACAAAUGGAAAAUGAAAAGUGGACCAGCGAUGCUUUGAAGGCCGGUGCUGGAUCUUCUCUCAGAAUAUUUUACAUACUGAUAGUUGACAAUGCGUGAUGACAAUUUCACCAAAUGUUUAAAAUCUUACCUAAUGCAGCUUUAACAUGAAAGCUUACUUUAAUUAGAUAAUCUAUUUCCAUCUUUGAAUCUGAGGCCGGCAUUAGCGUUGUAUGUUAAUAAAAUCAAAUCUUAAACUACUCAUCUUGCUAAGUGAAAAAAUAAUGUUGAACAAUGUUACUACUAAUUAACUGCACAUUUCAUGGAACAAAUGUUUCCCAAAUGAUGAAACUGUUGAUUUACUGGUCAUUAUUUGUAGUUGAUCAGAAUAUAUGACAUGGUGUUUUGUAUUCACAUUGUUCACUUUGGCCUGCUAUUGUUUGUGUUUUCACAUGGUUGACGUUGGCCUGCCCUGCUGAUCCUGUGUAAUAUGUGUUCUGAUAUUUCAAAGCAGCGACUUUGUUUGGGGAGGUUACGUGACGCACACUCAAACUCAACAUGGCAACCACACUGAAAACAAUCGGUGGUGGAGGAGGCAUUCCAUUUGAAUUCCAUGGUAUGAAAAACGGUGCCACCCUCAAGAAGAUUGGAGUGGCGGUGGAAGGCUGGCAGGUCAAAGCUGUGCGGGUGGAGCUUACCGACGGGCGCGUUGCGACCUUUGGAGAAGCGAAAACUUUCAUUGAGUUUGAGUUUGGCCUCGGCGAGCGCAUCACCAAGCUGUCUCUGUGGGGUAACGGCGCCGGCACACGUCUGGGUGCCAUCAAGUUCAAGACGAGUAAGGACCGGGAGUUCUUUGAAAAAAUGACCAGCUGGGGACUGAAGACUGAGUACACCAUAGAUGUGGGGUCUGGAAUCUGCCUGGGGCUGCAGGGCAGGUCUGGCUCGGAUAUCGACUGCAUGGGCUUCGUCUUCCUCAACGCUGUCAAGUCGACCGUGCUGACUGACAUGAAGUAUCCCACCCUGUCCCUCUUCAAACCCCAGGUGACACCAGAAUAUGUGAAAUCCAUUUCUCACCACAACGACACCUCCUUGGUUCAAGAAGAAUCUGUUACAUACAGCAAAACCGUGACCAAGACUUCCUCCUGGUCCGUCAGCAACAAGAUAGAGUCCACCUUGGAAGUGACUGUCAAAGCGGGGAUCCCGAAUCUGGUCGAGCUGUCAUCAGGGUUCAGCUUGACCUUGGGAGUGGAGCAUUCCUCCAGCCUGGAGAAGUCAGAGUCCAUAACAGAAUCGGAUACCAUCAACGUGAAGAUCCCACCAGGGAAGACCAUGGAUGUUGAGAUCACAGUGGGGAAAGCAAAUAUCGACCUCGACUACGAGGCCGUAGUGAAAAUCACCUGCAUGAAUGGCAGUCAGCUGGUCUUCCCAUCCAAAGGCAUCUACACUGGUGUGACUUACACUUCAGCGAGGGUAUCCACAAAGGAGAUAUGAGACAAGUGUAUGACAUCAUGAAUAGUAUGCACAGUGAUAGAAAUUGACACCAUGACUAAAUCUUUGUGUGCCUUCUCUGUUAUUAUGAUCAUCUUUGAGUAAUUCUAAUUGAACCAUGUUGCCUCAGCUCUUUAUUUCUGUCUCAGCAGAGGGUAUAACAACAGGUGGGUCAUUCCUACAAUCCGGUGCCUUUUGUGUGAAUGAUUGAGCAACAUUCACUACGAAAUGUUUUCUUACAUGCUUAGGCACCAUUUACCAUAAAAAACAAUGUUAUGUAACUGUAAUAAAUUUCAUUUAUAAUAACGAA